UAUAUGCGUGGGUGUAUAUAUAUGUACAUAUACACUUAUAUUCGGAACCGCAAUUCACAUUUAAAUAGGAGCGGUAGUUAAAGUGUGUUGUCAAUUUGCCACUGACACAAAAAACCACCUUUCACAAAAAUUCUUUUAACGAAUUGUACACAUUUCGGACGAUAGUUGUAGAGCGAGAAAGUUGAGAGAACGAGUGUGUGACUGUGUGUUUGGAGCUAUGGCUGUCUCCUGGAGGAGAAGCGGUUCUUUUAUUGCGUUAGCAAUUGUCUUCUUCGGCUGUCUAUCUGCAAUUUCCAUCGCCAAAGAAGAAGCCACAAAAUUGGGAACAGUCAUAGGAAUAGAUCUUGGAACUACCUAUUCAUGUGUUGGUGUUUACAAAAAUGGUCAUGUCGAAAUUAUAGCAAAUGACCAAGGAAAUCGUAUUACGCCAUCAUGGGUUGCAUUUACUGAUAGUGAAAGACUGAUUGGUGAGGCUGCAAAGAACCAGGCAGCUGUUAAUCCUGAGAGGACUAUCUUUGAUGUCAAGAGGCUUAUUGGACGAAAGUUUGAGGAUAAGGAAGUUCAGAGGGAUAUGAAGCUUGUUCCUUAUAAGAUUGUCAACAAGGAUGGAAAACCUUAUAUCCAGGUGAAAAUUAAGGAUGGUGAGGUUAAGGUCUUCAGUCCUGAGGAAAUUAGUGCUAUGGUUCUGACUAAGAUGAAAGAGACAGCUGAAGCUUUCCUUGGAAAGAAAAUUAAGGAUGCUGUGGUAACUGUUCCCGCUUACUUCAACGAUGCCCAGAGGCAGGCAACAAAGGAUGCAGGUAUUAUUGCUGGGCUGAAUGUUGCUAGGAUUAUCAAUGAACCCACAGCAGCAGCAAUUGCCUAUGGGUUAGACAAGAAAGGUGGAGAGAAGAACAUUCUUGUUUUUGACCUUGGUGGUGGAACAUUCGAUGUCAGCGUUCUGACAAUUGAUAAUGGCGUCUUUGAGGUUCUUGCUACAAAUGGAGACACCCAUCUUGGAGGCGAGGACUUUGAUCAAAGGAUUAUGGAAUAUUUCAUCAAGUUGAUUAAGAAGAAGCAUGGAAAGGACAUCAGCAAGGACAACAGAGCACUGGGAAAGCUGAGGAGGGAAGCUGAACGUGCCAAAAGAGCUUUAAGCAGCCAGCACCAAGUUAGGGUUGAGAUUGAAUCUCUUUUUGAUGGUAUCGAUUUCUCUGAGCCAUUGACUCGUGCUCGAUUUGAGGAGUUGAACAAUGACCUCUUUAGGAAAACCAUGGGACCUGUCAAGAAGGCCAUGGAGGAUGCUGGGUUGGAGAAGCACCAGAUAGAUGAGAUUGUUCUUGUUGGUGGGAGUACCAGGAUCCCAAAAGUCCAACAACUACUCAGGGACUACUUUGAUGGAAAGGAACCCAACAAGGGUGUAAACCCAGAUGAGGCAGUGGCUUAUGGUGCUGCUGUUCAAGGAGGUAUUCUAAGUGGGGAGGGUGGUGAUGAAACCAAAGAUAUUCUACUUUUGGAUGUGGCUCCUCUCACUCUUGGUAUUGAAACUGUUGGUGGGGUAAUGACCAAGUUGAUUCCCAGGAAUACAGUUAUCCCUACCAAGAAAUCCCAAGUCUUUACAACUUACCAAGACCAGCAGACCACUGUCUCCAUUCAGGUAUUUGAAGGUGAAAGGAGCCUGACAAAGGACUGCAGGCUGCUUGGAAAGUUUGAUCUCACUGGAAUUCCUCCAGCUCCAAGGGGCACCCCACAAAUUGAAGUCACUUUUGAAGUUGAUGCCAAUGGUAUCUUGAAUGUCAAGGCAGAAGACAAAGGUACUGGUAAAUCAGAGAAGAUCACAAUCACUAAUGACAAAGGUCGCCUGAGUCAAGAGGAGAUUGAACGAAUGGUUCGUGAGGCUGAAGAGUUUGCAGAGGAAGACAAGAAGGUGAAAGAGAGGAUUGAUGCUCGGAACGGUCUCGAGACAUACGUGUACAACAUGAAGAACCAGAUCAAUGACAAGGACAAGCUUGCUGACAAGCUUGAGUCUGAUGAGAAGGAGAAGAUUGAGGCAGCUGUGAAGGAGGCUCUUGAGUGGUUAGACGAUAACCAGUCUGCUGAGAAAGAGGACUAUGAAGAGAAGUUGAAAGAAGUAGAAGCUGUUUGUAACCCAAUCAUUACAGCUGUCUACCAAAGAUCAGGUGGCGCUCCCGGUGGCGCAUCAGAGGAUGAUGAUUCUCAUGAUGAACUGUAGGCGACUCUUAGCAUCCAAGUUCACCACUGAUGAAAAAGACGUGGCAGCAAGAAGUCGGGAUGUAGACUAGGGAAGAGAGUUAGUGUAAUUUUCUGGUGAUUGAAGCUUAGGGGAGAGAAUUCCCUUCUUCGCUUGUUUUUGUUGAGGUGAAGAUACUUGCGAGGAAAUAUGUUCUUAACAUUUUGAGUUCUUCUGAAUCCUGCUAAAAACUUAAACAAUGUUCACUGCCCAGUGGACUCGCAAGAAGACGACCAAAAAAUGUGACUGGGCUUGUGUCGCUCGAUAAUCAUUUACACCUACUUCUGGGGAGGAUUCUGAA